GCCGCUGCGGGGCGCGGCGCCUCCCCGCUGCCCGCCGCCGCCCGCAGCCGCCCGCAGCCGCCCCGGCGGGCCGCGCCGCGCCAUGGCGACCCCCAGCCCCUGCAUCGUGAUUGGCGAUGAUGAACAAGGUUACGACCUGGACUUGUUCUGCAUACCUAAACAUUAUGCAGAUGAUUUGGAAAAAGUCUAUAUUCCUCAUGGGCUCAUCAUGGACAGGACAGAGAGACUGGCACGAGAAAUUAUGAAGGGCAUGGGAGGACAUCACAUUGUAGCUCUCUGUGUACUCAAGGGUGGCUAUAAAUUUUUUGCUGAUUUAUUAGACUACAUCAAAGCACUGAACAGAAACAGUGACAAAUCAAUCCCCAUGACUGUAGACUUCAUUAGGUUGAAGAGUUACUGUAAUGAUCAGUCAACUGGAGAUAUAAAAGUCAUUGGUGGGGAUGACCUUUCAACCUUGACUGGAAAGAAUGUUUUAAUUGUGGAAGACAUAAUCGAUACUGGUAAAACAAUGAAAACAUUGCUGUCUCUACUUAAGCAGUACAAUCCAAAGAUGGUGAAAGUAGCCAGUUUGUUGGUGAAAAGAACUCCUCGAAGCGUGGGAUAUCGGCCAGACUUUGUUGGAUUUGAAGUGCCAGACAAAUUUGUUGUGGGAUACGCCCUAGAUUACAACGAAUACUUUAGAGAUUUGAAUCAUAUCUGUGUGAUCAGUGAGACGGGGAAGCAGAAAUACAAAGCAUGAAAGCAUAGUUCAAGUGCUCUGAUAGCAGAGCUUUGAAAUGUUUUGUUUACCGAGUCCUAUCUUUCACAGGCUUCAACUCUGGUACACCAGCUAAAAUUGUAGAAUUAUCCAGCCCCAUUGUCAGAUGCUUACUAUAACUUAUUGCAUGUACAAUAUACGAAUCUUGUCUUGUUCAUUUAUAUUUUAGAAAUGUAAACAAUUAGUGCAAUUCUGCACUCCUUAUUUUGAUUUGCACUAUGACUCUACCGACUAUUGCUGCCCCUGGUUGGGUUGUGCUGUUUGUGAGCUCCGGAGUCUAACUCUUGCAGUGGUAAAUUGCCUAAACCUCAUCAACCCAGAACUGAAAUAGUUCAAGUACUGUAAAUGUAAAACAUUUUAUGAUAGGGAAGUCUAUUAGUAAUAUUUUUAAAAUCUGUAAUUUAAGUUUUAUAUUUUAAUGCACAAAUGUGAUUGUGAUUAAUGGAUAGUUGCACCUUUGGGUGUUAUCAAACAUGAGGAGCAGCCAGUUACAGUAUCUGUAAUCUCCAGGGAGCUGAUUCAAGUCUCCUGGAGUUGCCUUAUCGCUGUAAAAGUCUGGGUAAAAAAAUCUUUUUUUUUUUCUUUUCUUUUUUGAGCUAAAAGGAGAUGGAAUGACAAAGCAGAAUGUUUAAAAUCUAGUUUAAGUUGAGCUGUUCAUUUCUUUUGGAUUUUUUUCUUUAAAAAUACCCAUCAGAUGGUGAAAUUGCCUUUUAAAUUUAAACAAGUUUAAUAUAUUUUUGAAAAAGUAUUGUAAUGUUUACUUUAUAAGAUCUACAAAACUAAGUACUUUAAAUAAAGGCUGUCUCUUUAAAAUAA